AUGUCUCUUAAGCAAAACCUCAAGGCUGCUAAGAGCGCCAUUGCAGAGAACGACCCCGAGUCGGCUCUCUACUACGUCCAGGACGUGCUCGCAGAGGACGCCAAAAACUACUAUGCCUACAUUUUCCAGGGCAAGGCGUACCAAUUGCUCGAUGAUGUGUCGAAGGCAAUUACUUCGUUUUCGAAGGCCACCAAGUUGGAGCCUGAGAAUCUUCUUGGUUGGAAGGGAUACUUCCAGCUGGUCAGGAACUCCAAGGACUAUCUGUUGGUUUUUGAGGUGUUCACCAGUCUCAUCAAAGUCCAGGUCGAUCAGGGCAUAGGCAUAGCUGAUUCGUUGAAGGACUUGACGAAUUGGCUCGAUUUCAAGCAAUACAAGUCGGACAACGAGCUUCUUGAGACGUACUUGAGGGCAAUUCUCCCUGGAACACCACUCGGAGAGUUGGUGGGAGGCAACCUUGGCCGUGCCGAGAGCAACAUCAAAACGUUAAUCAACUUGGAAAGGAGGAAGGUCGACAGCGAGAUAUCUGUACGCAUAUCGAAGGAAAGGGUCAAGUUUGGUAGGGUCUUGACGCAAGACGGCAAGAAUCACCUCAAUAGCAUCAGUUACUCCAUCUACCAAAACUCCGACUUGGACCGUUUGUACGACUUGAUCUUGAACGUCAGCAACGACGACAAUGUCAGAAGACAGUUCGAAGAGGACUACUUGAAGUAUAAGUACAAUCUCUUGCAGGUGUGCCCGGAAAAGGCCCAGUUGGUCGACGAAAUCAAGGAGAUGAUUGACGGAAUGCUUUUGAUCGGCUCCAAAAGUUUGUUCUGCUGGAACUUGUACUUCGACUGGUUGGACAUGAAGUCUUUGAAAGAGUUGGACUUCGAGAAAGUCAUCCAGUACUUACAAAAUUUCCCCAACCAGGGAUUGAGCGUCGUUUUACAUGCAUACUUGAUGAGUGAUAUCUCUACAUUCGACAAGGAACGGGUGGUGAAAGCCAUGGAAAAACCAAAAAAACUGGGCAGAAGAGGAAACAGAUCUAGAAAAAGCCCAAAGGAAGUAGUUACCUCCGACAAAGAAGCAGAGACUCCUUCAGCAAAUAGCUCUCCUCAGUCGAAUGAAAAUAAGUCGGACUCUCUCCUUCCUGGUGAAGUCUUGUCUUUGAUGUUGGAAGGUUUGAAGAAGUCGUCCGACUCUCUCUUGGUGAACAGAAUAGUAUGUGAAUAUUACAUCCAUGCUCGAGAAUACUUCGAGGGAUCUCAAAAAUGUCGGGAGCUAAUCAAGAUCUUGGCCGACAUGCAAAGAAAUAUUGGGCUUGACUUGAAGAGGACCAAGGAGUCUGCGUUGUGCUCUUUGGCUAUCACCUAUACUUACUACGAGGCACCCAAAAACUUUCCUAGAGCUUUGGAAUUAUAUGAAAGAAUUCUCACCACAGAUCCUAGCAACUCUCAGGCCAUGAUUGGAAUUGGUUUGAUAUCGAUAGAGAAAGGAGAAUUGGAGAAAGCAAAGGGACUCUUGGAAGAGGUCACAUCCAGGGAUCCAGAAAAUCAGCAGGCAUCGAGAGAGUACAGUUGGUGCUUGAUUAAAUUGGGAGAUCAUGAAAAGGGUAGAGAACUAUUACUCAAAUGCCUCGCGGAGGUCAAAGGUCAAGAUUUGUAUAGCGGAGAGAUUCGUGCAUUAAUAUAUUGGAGGUUAUCAAGCAGUCUCCUCGACCAGAAGAACCCUGAAAUUGAUUAUAUUACCGAAGCAUACAAUUAUUUGAUUCAAUCGUUGAAAGACUCACAAAAUUUUGCCCCUUCCUACACUCUUUUGGGUGUAAUCUUCCAGGAGCAUUACGACGACAAACCCCGUGCCCACAAGUGCUUCUACAAAGCAUUUGAAUUGGAUGUUUCCGAGAUUGUGGCUGCCAAAUACCUUGUUGAUGACUUGACUUCCAAGAAUGAAUGGGAAGUUGCAGAAAUCUUGUGUAACCGUCUCGUGACUUCAGAAAAUGCAAGGAGAAUUUUGCUUUCCGAGAAAUACAAGGACUCUGAUAAAGCUUGGGCCUACAGGGUGUUGGGAUGCGCUGCUUUGAACAAGCAGGAUGAUCCAAAGGCUAUUGAAUGGUUCCAGACAGCAUUAAGAAUGGCCGCUAUUGACAUUCAGUGUUGGAUUGGAUUAGGCGAAGCAUAUAUGAACUGUGGUCGUUUGGAUGCUGCGGCUAAGGUUUUCCGCCAUUUGAUAACAAUUAAUGACCAGGAUGACGAAAAUCAAUGGGUGAUUGAAUAUAUGCUAGGAACUAUAGUUUCACAAAUGGGUGAGUUCAAUGAAGGGUUAUACUACCUCGGACAAGCACUUAACAAAAAGCCAGAAGAAGAGUGUAUCUUGAUUGGUUUAUAUGAAUCUUAUAUUGAGAACUCAAAGAGAUUAGUGCUUGGAGGGUUUUUUGGUAGAUCUGUCCAAUCAAAUUUGAAGGCUCUUGAAUAUAUCAAGUUGACAUUUAAAGUCAACCCAGAAAGUCCAAAACUUUGGAAGAGUUUUGGAGAAUCAUUGAAGUUGUUUUUGGUGAUACAAGAAAAGAUGGAUUUGUUUCCAAUUGAGGCCUUGAAACAGCUUUUCGAGGAGGUAGACCUUGAGAAUAAUCUAAAUGACCUUGCUAGAGAAGCAUUGCGUUUGGACAGUGUAACCUUUAAGGAUGCCCUUGAUCUAUUUGAACUGGGACAAACGACAGAAGCAAUUUGUUCGUUCAUUAUCUUGACACAAAAAUUGGGUCUCAAGUACUUGCCAUCCAAGGUGAGUAAGUACUUGAAGUCUGUUGCUAUAUAUAACCUUGGAUUGGCAUAUUUGGAGUCUUACAAUUAUACCGAUAAUACAACCCAUAGAGAUUACUCCGUUAAGUUCUUUAAGAAUGCUAUUCAAUUGGAGGGUAACAAUUCUGCCUUCUGGGUUGGUUUGGGUAAUGCUUAUGUAUCGCUGAACCCACAUAUUUCUCAGCAUUGUUUUAUUAAAGGAAUAUCGUUGGAAUCCAGAGAUGCAGGUAUCUGGACUAAUUUGGCUGCAUUAUACCUCAGAUACGGAGACUCAGAAUUGGCCCAAGAUGCAUUCUUGAGAGCUCAAUCGGUGGCACCUCAGGAAUCCAAGUCGUGGUUAGGACAUGCUUUGGCAGCAGAAGCCUCGAACGAUGAAGAACAGGCUGCACGGUUAUUUACCCAUGCUUUCGUGUUAUCCAAUGGUAGAAGUCCCUUGGCCCAGUUAUUGUAUGGUGUCUCCAUCAUCAACAAGCGUGGACAGGGCUCUGAUCCCAGGGAUAUUGAGUCUGCUCAGGAGUACAGUGUUGCAAACUUUGCAAUGCAACAAUAUCUUAAGUUUGCACCUAAUGAUGUGUCAGGAUUGCAGAUAGCAUUGACAAUCAGUGAGAGAUGUAAGAACUUUGACAUGUCCAUUGAGAUUGGAGAGAGGCUCUGUCAGAUCUUGGAAAAGGACUACGACCGAACCGAAAGCGAGGUCACCUUCAAGAAAUACGUGGGAGCCAAAACCCAGUUAUCCAGAAUUUAUCUUGGGUUAGGCAAGUACGAGAAAGCGUUGGAAAAUGCUCAACUUGCCCUCGAUUUGAUUAAUAGCUCUGAAGACGAGCAGUUCGAUUUGGUAGUGUUGUCCUCUCGAGUUGUCAUUGGCUUGGCAUUGUUUUUCAGCAACGAGUUUGACGAGUCGUUGGAGCACUUGAAGGUUAUCCUUGAAUCACACGGCCAAUCCAAGAGGCUCAUCACCUUGAUUGCCCAGAUCCUCUAUGCGCAUGGCACCGAAGAGACCAAGCAAGCUGCUCUAGACCAGUUGUUUGCAUUCAUCGAGGAAAACGGCUCUUCGUUGAUCGUGGUGCUCACCCUUGGAGCAAUCUCGUUGGCCGACGGCUUGGAGGACUAUUUCGUGGCCAUCAAGGAGGAGCUUGAGGGAUUGUCUUUGGAGGAGGUCCGUGAGGACGCCUAUCGUUCUGUGCCCAAAAUGUUGAUCGAGAUCAACAAGCAUCUCGAAGUGAAACUGAGAGAGUGGCAGAAGGCCGCAAUCAUGUUUCCCUCGGACUUCAAUGUGUGGCAGCAGUUGAACAGUCAGAUGGCGUUGAGCGUGGCUUCUUUGAGAGAGACCAAGUUGACUGCUCCCCAGUUGAGCAAGGCAUACUUGGCUAGUGGGCACAGAAGAGAAAUCCAACGGAGUAUGCUUAUAUGCCCAGGGGAUGAGGAAACCAUGCAAGCACUUGGUAGUUGGGCCAGCUAG